UAGUUUCGAUUCCCUGCAAUGCAAUUGUCAGUUUCGUUUCUCUUAUUGUAAUCGUCUAGCUUAUUGUAUUGACACAUGCAUUUUCUGUAAAGCUACUUUGAAACGAUAUGUAUUGUUAAAAGCGCUAUACAAAUAAACGUGAACUGAAUUGAAUCUUAUGGGACACGUCCACAGUGACCUGUAAACGUACAGGAAGAAGAAAGAAGUUCUUUAGGGGGCAUUUUUAUUUUUUAUCUUUGAUAUUGAUUAAUAUUUGUUGCCUAUUUGUAGAACAUUUACAGCGUCCUUAACUGAAGAGAAACACAGUGUCUCACUUCUCCAGCUGGAACCAAUAAAUAAAAUAAAAGAAUUUAACCAGGCAUAAUGACAGAAAAUACUUCUUCUGACAUGGAUUUCUCUGGAGCUUUGCAGAGACUGGGAGAACAUGACCCAAAUGCAGCUGUUGCAAAGGCUAAAGAACAACUGGACAGUCUUGACAGUGUGACUCUGAAUAUUGCUGUGACUGGGGAAACAGGAGCAGGAAAAUCUGCUUUCAUUAAUGCAUUUCGAGGUCUGGGUGACGAUGAUGAUAGUUCUGCACCAACUGGGUUAACUGAAACCACAAAGCAAAUUACCAUGUACACCCAUCCCACGAAAUCAAACGUCAGACUGUGGGACCUGCCGGGCACUGGUAUGCCAAAUUUCAAGGCUAACAAAUUCCUCCAAGAAGUUAAAUUUGAUACAUAUGAUUUAUUUGUCAUCAUUUCCUCUGAGAGGUUCAAGGAAAAUGAUGUCUUUUUGGCCAAGGAGAUUCAAAAAAAGAAGAAAAAUUUUUAUUUUGUGCGGACCAAGAUUGAUAAUGACAUUCGUUCAGUAGCACAGAAAAGAAAUUUUAAUGAGCAGCAGGCACUUUGCACAAUUAGAGAGGACUGCAACAGAAAUUUGAAAGAAGUAGGAAACCCCAAGGUGUUUCUGAUAUCCUCUUAUGACCUGGCAAAAUAUGACUUCCAAGACCUGGUAGAUACCCUAGAGUUAGACCUUUCAGAACACAAGAGAUUUGCUCUGGUUCAGUCUGUGCCUGUGUGCUCUCUGGCAAUGCUAGAAAAGAAGAAAGAGGCUAUGGAGAAGUUGAUUUGGCUUCCAGCAUUGGCCUCAGGUUUGGGUGCUGUUGUCCCUGUCCCUUUAUUACCUGUGGCCAUUGACAAAACGGUAAUGACGACCUAUCUCUUAAGUUGUCAUUACAAUUUGGGUUUGAAUGAGAAAUCACUCAUCAAAUUGUCAGAGAGAACGAACAAGCCUCUCUCACAGCUGAAAUCAGCUAUAAAGUCUCCUGUAGCAUUGGCAGUGGUAAACAGACUAGGCAUUAUGCCUCGUACAUCUGUGACAAAACCAGUGAAAAGCUUAGAGGAUCUGCUAGAUAGUAAAUUUAUUUUUACCAGUAUUCAGAAUGCAACUGUGGCCUUCAAAAUGACAUACACUGUCUUGAGUGAAGCUCUAAAUGAGAUGACAAAUGACAUGAGACAGGUUCUCCAAGCCGCAGAUUUGGAUGAGUAAAAUCAAGCUGGUACAGCAAACAGAUGUUUACAGAAACUGUUUAUGUUAAAUCAGAACAUCAAAACUGAGUUUAUUAAGUUUGCACUGGGGAAUUUGCACUGCAGAUUUAUCCCCCAGAAAAGGAAAAUGGCUGGAAAGAGGAAGUUAUACUGAAUGUUAUAUUCAGUAAUUUUCUUCAUAUUUUAUCAAGGUGCAUGUUAAAUGAAAUGGAAUAUAGAAUAAUAUGUAUAUGUAAUAAAAUGUGUGAAAAUGUGGGAAUCUGGUGGUUUGUGCAAGAAAUUUUCUAUCUAAUCUUUUUAUUGUGCAGUUUUGUAAAUGAGGACUAUUAACUUUACUGAAUGUUUAACUUGUUUUACCUUGUAUAGAAGGGUUUCAUGCCAAGGGUCAGGAUCUCUUUACAGUACCUUCUACUAAACAAUAAACCAUUUCUGUAUAUUC